AUUGGGGAAAAGUAGUGGAAUGUGUUAAUUGUAGGGGUGCCCAUUGCGCUGGGGAUCAGACAUGUCCCGUGCGAGAGAGGCAGUUUGAGGUUUCCAGGGUUAGAGUAGAGCAGAAGAUGUCAUCUGCUGAGGCAGUGAAGAAAGAUGGGUUAAGGGGGAGGAGUGGUAAGAGUAGUAGAGAUAUACCAGUACAGAGGGAUGGGCCAAAAAGUUAAAUAUGUUUCAGUAAGAUUGGAUUUUUAGCUUUUAUAGCAGUGGUUAUUAAUUAUACUGCAGGGGUGGUUCGGAAGUCUCAGAAAAUGGAGGUUGUGGUGGCAGCUGCUGAGAGGUAUUUGGGUGUGUAAGUUACAUGAUGUAUUAAGUGGUUAUGUCCCAUUCUUUCAGGGUGAUGGCAUGAGGUAGGAAUAAAUACAUUACAUUUUUGGAGUAGGGGGGUGUUUAUUUUAUAUAAUUUUGAAACUAGUGAGUAUAGUGUUAGAUGGUAGGGUAUUUAUUUAGUACAUUAUUUUUCAAGAAAAGUAUAAGGGAGUUGUACUCCAGUCUAGUAGAUGGCGGUAAUGCAACAAAUUGGAUGUCAACCGCUGUUAAAUCUCAUAGAAGAAGAUUACGUCAAAUAGCUUCCGGAUCUUUCCUUCGCAGGUCAAAAAUGUUUGCUGUCCGAAGCAUUCGAUCUUUACAAUUUACAUUUUCACAACUUGGAGGCACACAACAAUGUCUCAGAAGUCUGUCAGGCUCGUCUAAUGUAGUCAAGAAGAACGAUGACAUGCCUUUACAGAUGGAGAAUCCAUACAAACAACCACAGAAGGGCUGCAUUCUCUGUAACAUCACAGUGGACUUCAAGAAUGUUCAGCUGCUGUCCCAGUUUGUAUCCCCACACACAGGAAGAGUUUACGGCAGGCACAUAACAGGUCUAUGUGGUAAGAAACAGAGGGAGAUCGGCAAAGCCAUAAAGAAAGCUCAUUCGAUGGGAUUCAUGUCUGUAACCCACAAGGACCCACAUUUUAUGAAAGAUCCAAAUAUCUGUGACAUCCGGCACUUGGAGUAACUGUGUCCGCCUGUAUUGUGGAUCUAGUCUAGCAUAGAUACUGUAAUUGUGUAUUAAAACAUUUUUCAAUGUGGAA